CGCGAAACGACGUGAAGUUUGCCGGUGGCGGGUUUAAGAUGUCCGUUUCACAACAACAAAUUAAAUAAAGCGUUAUUAACAAAACCACAGACUUUUAUAAAAUAUUUGCGAUCGUUGUGUUAGUUUGAAGUUAGAGUAAAAUGGCAAAGGUUUUGGAAGUUUGUGUUGAUAGCAUAGAGAGUGCAGUUGCCGCCAUUCGCGGCGGCGCCGACCGCUUGGAGUUGUGCUCCUCGCUAACAGAGGGCGGGCUCACGCCUACUCCCGGUUUGUUGAUACAAAUUCAGCAUGUGAACCACGUAAAGAUUCCGAUUUACUGUAUGCUACGAUGUCGACCUGGGAAUUUUAUUUACAAACCUGAAGAGAUUGAAAUCAUGAAGGAUGACGCCCGAAUCCUUCGCAAACAGGGGGCUGACGGUUUUGUGUUUGGGGCUUUGACAAGUAAUGGCGAGGUUGACAUGAAAAACUGUCGUGAGAUAAUCAAGGCGUCUUAUCCUUUGCCUGUCACAUUUCACAGAGCUUUUGAUUUUUGUAAGCGGCCUACAAUUGAGAUUGAAGUCAUUAUUGACUUGGGAUUUACCAGACUUUUGACUAGUGGGAAACAGAAGACUGCUCAAAUGGGAGUCAAAUUAAUUAAAUUAUUAAAGGAUCAAGUAGGAAAUCGUCUUAUUAUAAUGGCAGGUGCUGGUAUUACUAAGGAUAAUGUAGAGUUCAUUAUUGAACUCACAGAGUGCAAAGAAAUUCACGGCUCAUUUAAAAAACUUAAGGAAAAGGAGGAUGAUUCAAAUGAAGACACGUCAGUUAUCCUGGGUGAGAAGAGCGACCAGUUAUAUGUCACAGACGAGAAUGCCGUUAUUGAAGUAAAUAACAUUUUUAAAACUAUCUAAGUUGUAGUUUCACAUAUCCACAUUUUGUGACAUUCUUUUUUUUUUCUGAACCAUUUUUGCAUGUCUAAAUUUCAAUGUAAAUUCUUGUAAAAACGUAUACAUUAUUUUCUGAAUAAAAAAAAUAUAUUUUA